CCAAAACAUACCGUAUGUUUGCUUGGGGAGCAAAUAGUCAUGCCCAGCUUGGUCUGGGCUAUGCCUCGGAACAAUGUGAUACGCCACAGCAGUUGCGCGAAGUGCCUUUUCGAAUUACGGAUGUACAAUGCGUGGCCGCUGGUGGAGGACAUACGCUGAUCGGGCUGACCGAUGGACGAUUGUACGGUUGCGGGUGGAAUAACCGGGGGCAGCUAGGUGUUGGCCAUACGGACGAUUGUGUGCAAUUUCAGGCGAUUGGUGGUUUUGGCUUCAAACAUAUUGCCGCGGGAUGGGAUGUAUCGGCAGGCAUAACCGCGUUCGGUGAUCUUUACGUUUGGGGCUCAAACGUGUGGCAGCAGAUAGCACAAACGAACGUUAAAACUGUAACCAAACCGCAAAAGCUAACUUUGCCAGAAAAUGAAACCGUGGUAAAAGUUGUGUUCGGUUUGCAGUACAUGACGGUGCUGACGGAUCGCGGCAAUGUGUGGGUUUUAGGAAAAUGUAAAUUCCUAUCGAAUGAUUACCCUCCAGAUAAUCGGUCACGGUUAUUAGUACGCUGCCUGAAAGACAAAGGCCACGUGAGAGAUAUUGCAAGCGGAGACAAUCAUCUUGUGCUGCACACGGAGGGAAAACGGAUUUUAUGCCUCGGCGACAACAAACACGGCCAGUGUACCAACGAAAGCAUUUUCCCGACCGAUAUCAUCAAACUGGAAUCGGGAUGGACGCAUUCGGGAUGUCUCACCGGUUAUGGUGAAAUUUAUUUAUGGGGCAGAAACAAUUACGGUCAGCUGGGAUACGCUGGUGGAGGACCGUCUUCCUCCGUCCCGAGAUUGCUGGAGUUGCACGAUUCCGCUUUGCCGAAGGACAUGAGCCUGGGAUCUCAACAUGGAACUGCUCUAACGGCAAGCGGAAGAGUGUACUGUUGGGGCUGGAAUGAACAUGGCAACUGUGGUAUUGGAGGCGUGGAGAAUGUACUGGUUCCAACGCUGGUAGAGCUCCCUUUACCCGUGUCGCGAAUAAUGUGCGGUGCUGGAUAUACACUGGCAUUCACAUAACAAAUACAGCGAUCAUUCAUCCCUCUUUUGAAGAUCGAUCGUAAAACGCACACCCCCGGGAGAUCGCUCUUCUUCGGCAAGCAAACAACACUGCUAAAACAAAAAGGGAAACGACCAUAAUAAAGAGAAUAAAAGUGACAAAA